AUGAUGGACUUCCCCGAAAUGGUUGAAGACUAUAGACUCAUGGAUUUGGGGUUUGAUGGACCACCUUUUACAUGGGUGAAGAAUGAGCUCUUUGAGAGACUCGAUCGAGUCUUCGUUAAUGAGCAGUGGUCCAAUGUGUUCGACUCCACUAGAGUUAUGAGCUUGCCGCGGGUGGCGUCAGACCACGGCCCGGUCCAUAUGAGAUGCAAUACACACAAGCCGACUCGUGAGGGUAGGCCAUUCCGCUUCCAAAACAUGUGGCUACGGCAUAAAUGGAACAAUGAAGUAUUUGGAAACUUACACGCCAACCUUAGGGAGUCCGAGAAAGAGGUAGCGGCAGCACAAGAGGCUUUCGAGGCUGACCCCUCCCCCCUUAAUAGAGCGAAAGUCAACAAGAAUGUGGCGCAAUACAUUCUCCUCUUGAAAAUGGAAGAAGAUCUCUGGAGGCAGAAGGUUUCUCACAGAGGAGACAGAGAUCAGACACUCGGCGUCUGCAUUAUUCCAAGACUGCUUGCUCCCUCGCCACCUGAAUUGGUUAAGCCAAACCUCGAUAUUUUGCACCAGCUUCCGGAUACGACGAACAUGGAAGGACUGAUUUCAACCCCAACUGCGGAAGAGGUCAAGCGUGCAGCAUGGGAUAUCUCGACAGAUAGCGCGCCGGGGCCAGAUGGUUUCACAGUAGCAUUUUACCACCACUGUUGGGAUAUUAUUGGGCAAGAUGUGGUAGAGGCGGUCGUUCAAUUCUUCAAUGGAGCUUACCUACCGCGUAGCGUCACGGCUACAAUGAUUGUGCUCUUGCCCAAAAAGGACAACCCAACCACCUGGGGAGACUUUCAGCCCAUUAGCCUAUGCAACGUCUCAAAUAAAAUCAUCACCAAAAUCCUCUCUGCCAGGCUAGCUCCACUCCUGCCAACCGUGAUUGCACCUAACCAGAGUGGGUUUGUUUAG